AUGGGGGACUCGCACCCGGGCACUGGCGGCUGGCGCACCGCACCAGAGCUCUACACACAUACACACACUCACGCGCACACACGAACGCACCACCCCCGCCCUCGCGCGCGCCGCCGGGCUGUGCGUGCGGUGCGGCGUCGGCCGCUCCCCUGCUUCCCCAGGGAUCUCGGCGCCGCGCACGCGCGUGCCCGCUGGCCCCGCACGCCCAACCACCCGCACUCAGCCGCCACUCGCGCCCCAGCGGCGGAAGCCAAGGGGAGCCACGGGCCUCGCGCGCGCAGCCCCGCCCUCUCUGCGCCUAUCGAGCCAAUGCCGCCCCAGCUGGAGCCAAUCGCGGCACGCGAGGGGCGGGGCUGCCGCGCGGACCUUUAA